AUGACAUCCUGUGUCCAUUCGGGUGCUUCAGAGCUUAGCCCACCGGGGCCCUCUCAAGCUGUUUACCGAGAAGAUUGCACUCAGUGCUUCGAUUCUUUUGAUAAUGUCUUGGGUCUGAACGUGUGCCUCCACUGCUUCAAUGGUGGCUGUACUGGGGAUAGGGACCAUGGCUUGCUUCACUACAAGCGGUUUGGGCAUCCGCUGGCCCUGAAUAUUCGAAGGAUCCCGAAACAAGUUCAGCGCGAUGAGCCUCCGCCGAAAAUUUCAAAGCUUGCUAUUACUGCCGAAACAGAGGAGGAUCGAUACGACAUCGUGACAUCGGUGACAUGCUAUUCGUGUGCUCAGCAAGAUGUGGAUAAAACGAGCGGCAAUCUACCCUCAGUGAUUGAAGGCAUCAUGAACGCAAUGACUUUCUCCAAAAGGGAAGAGGUCAAAGCGUGGGAGCAAGAGUUUGUCCCAUGUGAGCAUACUUUGUGUCUGGUCCAGCAAGGGAUCGAGGAUGCAGAUAGCAAGGACUCUAGCCAAUGCUCGGCUUGUGAACUGAAGGAGAAUCUGUGGAUCUGUCUCGAAUGUGGUAAUAUUGGUUGUGGAAGAAGCCAAUUUGGUGGUAGCCCCGGAAAUUCACAUGCUCUUGCUCAUGCAGACUCGGCAUCACACGGCGUUGCUGUCAAACUGGGUUCCAUUACAGCAGAGGGUUCGGCAGACGUAUAUUGCUACAAGUGCAAUGAGGAACGAACAGACCCGGAGCUCGCCAAUCAUCUUGCACACUGGGGAAUCUAUUUGGCCGGGCGUGAGAAGACGGAGAAAAGCCUGAUGGAGAUGCAAGUAGAACACAACCUGCAGUGGGAGUUCUCCAUGACCACUGAGGAUGGCCGCGAACUAUCCCCAGUUUUUGGUCCGGGAUUUACCGGGCUGGCCAAUCUUGGAAACAGCUGUUAUCUGUCCAGUAUCAUGCAAUGCCUCUUCUCGACACCCGGCUUUGCAGAGCGUUACUAUCAUCCUACUGAGGAUCCACCGCUGUGUCCGACCCCGGCACAGGAUCUGGAAACUCAAUUGAGGAAGCUUGCAGAUGGCAUCCUCUCCGGUCGGUACUCUCGCCCGGACUCGCGUGUUGUCGCUGCCCCAGAUACCCCAGAGGUUCCUCAUCAAAAAGGGCUGGCACCAACAAUGUUCAAAUACCUGGUCGGACAGGGUCAUGAGGAAUUUGCGACGAUGAGACAGCAGGAUGCAUUCGAGUUUCUUCUGCAUGUUUUCAAGUCCGUUAGCCUCUCGAAACAUCCGGAUGACAUGUUCAACCCUGUCCAGCAUUUCCGAUUCGAGGUUGAACAGCGUCUCCAAUGCUUAGGCUGCAGGAAGGUCCGCUACAAGAUAGACGAGCAAGAUAACAUAUCCAUUGCGGUCCCUGCACGCCGCAUGUCUAGCGAAUCUGAUCGCUUUGAACCAGUGACUUUGUCGGAGUGUCUCGACAUAUUCACGGCGGAGGAGGUCGUUGAGCUCAGUUGCCCUGCCUGUGAUAGCCGUGAUGGUUUUUCCAAGCGCUCUGCCUUCAAAACAUUACCGCGUGAACUGGCUAUAAAUGCCCGUCGCUUUGAGCUGGUCAACUGGGUUCCUACAAAGCUUGAUAUUCCAGUGGUCGUCGACGACAAGCCACUUGACUUUGGGCCCUAUCUGGCUAUGGAGCAUGAUCCAAAUGAGGAAUUUUUGCCAGAGGUCAGUGAGAGUGUCACCUUCGUACCUAACCCCGGGGUUCUUGAUCAGUUGUUGAAUAUGGGCUUCCCUGCCGCGAGGUGCGAGAAGGCUCUCCAUGCGACUGGGAAUUCUGACCCCGAGGCCGCUAUGAACUGGUUAUUUGCUCAUAUGGAAGAUCCGGACAUCGAUGAGCCACUGGUCUUGGAUCAAUCUACAUGUGGGUCUAAAGGUGCUGAGCAAGAUGAGGGAAAGAUAAUGCAGCUGGGCGAGAUGGGGAUCGAGGCCGCUCGAGCCCGACAAGCUUUGGCUGCUACUGACGGCGAUGUAAAUCGUGCUCUAGACUGGGUCUUCAGCCACCCCGAAGGUGAAGUGGAGGAUACUCAGGCGGACAGUGACGUUCAUCGUGAAUUAUCUGGCUACGACAACAAACCGGCCUUUUAUCAAGUGCGGUCUAUCGUCUGUCACAAGGGUACAUCUGUCCAUGCAGGGCAUUACGUGGCUUUCAUUCGGAAGGCAUUGCCCGGCCAAGAUGGGUUAUCGUGGGUCAUGUUCAACGACGAGAAGGUUGUGAAGUAUGAGGAUAUCGAGGAUAUGAAGAAGUCUGCAUACGUGUACUUCUUCACUCGCGUUUAG